AUGCUGGAGUCACAGGAACAUCGUCGGCGUCGAUCCAACUCACGCUCGCAAGUAUCGACGUCCUCGACGUUCUCAGGCUUACCUCCGAUGAAGUCGACCCUUCCGACUGAAAAACACAAACCUCUCAGAAGGCAGCUAGCCGAGUAUUACGUGACGCUCGUCUCUUUGAAUGACACAUUCAAUACAAAACACAUCAAGGUACCCUAUUUUCCAGAGACCUGCAAGCUAGGGCGCCCGACUGGAGCUAAGGUUAAACCAAACUCUACCAAUGGCUACUUCGACUCACGCGUGUUGAGUCGAAAUCACGCAUGCAUGUUUGUAGACUCACUGACCGGGAAGUUAUAUAUUCAGGAUAUGGGCUCUUCGAACGGAACUUUUGUCAACCUGGAGAAAAUCUCAACGGAAGCAGUGAUAGUGAAGGUAGGUGACACAAUUAACCUCGGGUUCAACAUUCAGGUGGAGACUAACCACAAACAGAUCAGUGCCAAGGUGGAGGCAAUAAAUAUUAUGUCCAACACGCCCAAAUCUGCCGUUCUGACUGCUCUCCCGGGCCUCACCCAUUCGGUGAUCGACUCUUUCUCGGAUUCUGACUUAAAACACUAUGAGUUCAUGCUGAAGUUUCUUUCUCAAAUAUUUGGCGAAGUAUCAAAGGAUCCUGCCGCAACGUCAGAGGUUCCUGGUGACUCGCCAAGCGAUCUGUCUUCGGCAGGUGCCAACACAGUUAUUGAGAAUGCAAUGUUUGGCGACCUCAUUCCCACCAUGGAUAGCGCUGUAUACCGACUGAAACCGACUGACGCUGGAUUCUUUGAUAAUUCUAACAUCGUUUACUCGCCGGAGCUUCAGUCGUCAUUGGAUCAGCUAACCUUAAAUUUGGUGAAGAUAAAACAACAAAGCGCUGCUUUGAAGUCUUUGGAGACUGUACUUACAAACUAUUCAUCUAAGGUGACCGAAAUUAACUCUAAGUUCCUCCAACAAGAAAUGGAAAAGUCUGAGCGCGCCACAGCCGAAGCUGAGAAGGCUCUCAAAUCCGAGCAAGCCCGCUCUGCGAAGCUUAUCUCGGACCAUGAACAUAAAUUGAGGGAGCUGCAAAGACUAUUGAGUGCUCUCAAAGAUGAGACCUCGAAUCUUCGGGCUGAAAAUGACGAGUUACGAAUCCAGCACGAUCUCGAUCUUCAAAGAAGGUUUGAGCACCAGUUGACCAUCUCCCCACAACAAUCGCCAAUAGAUCAGGAUCAAGACAUCGAAAACGAAAAUGGACUUCGAUCUCUUUCGGAAAAAGAACUCAAUGAUGAAGAUAAGCGCCUGGCUAGGUCUCUUGACGAAGUAUCUCUACCCACACCCUCCGAUGAUUCCGGUCCGAUUUCGCAACCAGGAACAUCUUUCAAAAACAGGGGAAUAUAUGGCAUCAUAACACAUCCCUUAAUUGUUGGAAUGGGUACUGCUGCAGUUUUGGGUAUUGUUUUUCAACAGUACAAUAAGUGA